UUUCUUCAUAAAAAUAUAAAACCCUACAUUUACACCCUAUAUAUUAAAGAGUUCAGUGUUUGUGAGUGUGUAUUUUUUAAGAUAGAGAAAAAAGAAAUAGUGUAACCACAAAACCAAACCAAAAUCUUCCUUAGAUUCAAUUUUCAAAAAUGGAAAAUGAAAAUCUAGGUCAUGGCCGUGGGAAGGUGAUUGAUGAGUUAUUAAGAGGACGUGAACUUGCAAAUCAACUUAGAAAUAUCCUCAAUGAAAGUGGUGAUGUUGAUGAUAAUAAUGGAUCAACAACACCAUUUGCUGAACAUCUUUUGAAGGAAGUGCUUAUGACCUUUACCAAUUCUCUCUUGUUCUUGAAUAAUACUCAAACUUCUGAGGUCUCUGAUGUGCAACUCACCAAAUCUGAAGAUUCUCUUGAGAGUAAUUGCAAGAGUACUUCCAUUGUUAAGGAACGAAGAGGUUGUUACAAAAGAAGAAAAGUUUCACAAACAUGGGAGAAGGAAUCUGAAUAUCUAGUGGAAGAUGGUCAUCAAUGGAGAAAGUAUGGCCAAAAAACUAUCCUCAACACCAAAUUCCCAAGGAACUACUACAGGUGCACUCAUAAAAUUGAACAAGGUUGCAAAGCAACAAAACAAGUGCAAAAAAUUCAAGAGGAUCCAUCUCUUUUCAAAACAGUCUACUAUGGCCAUCACACAUGUAGAAUCUUACAAAGCCCUGAGAUCAUUGUGGAUUCAUCACUUUCUCCUUCUCAUCACUCCUCCAUGUUCCUUAGCUUUGACAACUCUUUCCCAACACCAGCCAAACAAGAUUGUCCUUUUCUCUCAUCACCUUCUUAUCCAUCAACAUCAUCAUCAAUAAUAUCAUCAUUGAAAAAGGAGUGCAAGGAAGAGAUUGUUUAUCCUCCUCAUUCAUCUUCAGCUAAUGAUUAUUACCUCUCUGGACUCACUUUUGAUGAUUCAGAAAAGGAUGUCACACUAUCAUCAACCCUUGAUUCUCAUCAACUAGGUGUCAAUAUUCCUGAUAUCUUGUAUGAUGAUGUCCUUAAUUGGCCUCUUUCUUGAAAUUUGAUGAUUAUAACUAUGUUUUGGUCAAUGAAUUUUCCUUUGUCUUAGUGUGUUUUUCCAUUAUGGAUUUUAGCUUAAUAUGGUUGAUAGCAAGUAGGAGAGAUUAGUUUAGUAUGGUUGCUAGCUAGCUAGCUUGGCUUCAUUUGAUGUAAAAUAUGGUUUUGUAUUUAUCCAUUUCCAAUAAAAAUGUGACACCGUUUUAAUUAUCAAGAAA